CAGCAUUAUAAGCUGAUUAACUGACGAGCACACUCGGCCAUUAAUAAAAAUAAUUCAGUGUUUAUUUUUUAUUUACACGCAAUUUCGGAGCAACAGGAUUUGCAUUGCCACUGACUAGAGGACUAGAGAGGAGGAACGGAGAGGAAAUCAAGUGUGGAAGCUGCAUUAGUCAUUGCCAGAGAGCUGACCUCAGCGGCUUGAGUUUCGUUUCCUGUGUGAAGUGGAAUCGAUAUAGAGCGAGACAGUAGCCACCUCAGGAUGGGCAACAAACAGAUUAAACAGCACCUGGAGACGGCCCAGAAGACGGGUAUCCUAAAGAUAUCGCUGCAGCGCCUACAGGAGUUCCCGCCACAGCUGAAGGCAUAUCCCAAUGUACUGAAAACCCUGGAUUUGUCCGAGAAUCGUUUCGAACGUGUCCCAGACGAACUGGGCAAACUGACGCUGCUGAAGCAUCUGAAUUUGAGUGGCAACCGGCUGGCGGAGCUGAACGAGGUGGUCGGAGAGCUGGUCAAGCUGGAGGUGCUGCUGCUGAUGGACAAUCUGCUGACCAAGUUGCCCAAGACGCUGGCCAAUUGCACGCACUUGAAGACGGUGAAUCUGAGCAACAAUCAGCUGAAGGAGUUCCCCAGCAUGCUAUGCGGCCUGAAGCAGCUGGAUGUGCUGGAUCUGUCACGCAACCGGAUCACCGAGGUGCCCCCAGAGGUGGGUGGCCUCUAUGUCACCGAGCUGAACCUCAACCAGAAUCAAAUAUCGUCGCUGGCCGAGGAUGUGGCCGAGUGUCGGAAGCUAAAGACCCUGCGAUUGGAGGAGAAUUGUCUGCAGGCAACGGCCUUUACGCCGCGAAUCCUCAAGGAUUCGAAGAUUUGCAAUCUAGCCGUCGAUGGCAACCUGUUUAACUCGAAGCAGUUCACCGACCUCGAUGGCUACGAUGUAUACAUGGAACGCUACACGGCGGUGAGGAAGAAGAUGUUCUAGGGUAACCUGGAAAUCAUCAUCUUUGUCGAACAAGCAAUUCCACCUAACGAGUACCAUUUUUUCUCUACCUUUUUUUUUGCUUUCUCUGAGUGUCGUGUCUCCCUGCCCCUUUUAUUUAUGAGCGUAAAAUAAUAUAUUAGAUAAAUUGUAUGUGUAUGGUAUGC